AUGAGGGCCAACGACUCAAGUUUCUUGCAGUCCGCGGCGCUCACCCAGAACAAGGAAUCGAGCGACUUCACCAUCGCCCACGGAGGGCCGGUCUUGGACUACAAGGACUACUACAAAACGCUGAGCAUCUCGAAGGGGGCCUCCGCCGACGAGAUCCAAAAGGCGUACCGCAAGCUGGCCCGCAAGCACCAUCCGGACGUCAACCAGGGCAACGCUGAGUCCGAAGAGAAAUUCAAGGAGAUCAGCGAAGCCUACGAGGUGCUCAAAGAUCCUCAGAAGCGGGCUACUUACGAUCAGUUCGGCUCGGCCUGGAAGGGCCGUGGCGGCCGCGGUGGCCCACCGCCGGGAUUCGAGGGCUUCGACUUCGGCGGCAUGGGCGGCGGCAUGGGCGGCGACAGCGGAUUCAGCUCGUUCUUCGACAUGCUGUUCAACAGUCGCGGCGGCGGUCCUGGUGCCGGCGGCAACCCCUUCGGCGGCGGCGGGCAGUUCGGCGGCUUUGGCGGUGGCGGAAGACCACAGGGCAAAGGCAGCGAUCAAGAAGCCUCGUUGAAGCUCAGCCUGGAGCAGGCCGCCGCUGGCGGCGGGCGCGAGCUCACCCUCACCGACCCGGCGACCGGCCGCGCCCGCACCGUGUCGGUGCAGCUACCCAAGGGGGUGCGCGCCGGGCAGAAGAUCCGCUUGGCUGGCCGGGGCGGCCAGGGCUUCGCCAACGCGCCGGCCGGCGACUUAUACCUGAAGGUCGAGAUGCUGCCGCACGCUCAUUUCGAGCUCGACGGCCUGAACCUGCGCGGCCCCUUGCCGGUAACGCCAUGGCAAGCGGCCCUCGGUGGCCAGGCAACAGUGCGCACCCUCGAAGGGCCGGUGACGGUCAAGAUCCCCAGCGGCUCGUCGAGCGGACGCAAGAUCCGCCUCAAGGGUCGCGGCUUCCCCAACCCCAAGGGCCAGCCAGGCGACUUGUACGCCGAGAUCAAGGUGAUGGUGCCGACCGAGCUGACCGAGCGCGAGCGCGAGCUGCUCGAAGAGCUAGCCGAGGUGUCGAGCUUCGCCCCCGAGUAG